AUGUUCUUCCACCCACUCACCCUGCCGAGUACCUCUCUCUCUUUAUUCCCCUCUUUGCUACAGACAGAACAAUUUGUUCACACACUUAAAGAUGAGCUGGUCAACAGUGCUCUGCUGGCUCUGCAUGCAGCGCGGCCUGGGUAUGUCUCCAAGAACCAGAAGCAGACCCCGGUGCAGGGGGGCCAGCAUCAAGGCCACAUCCACCAGGGCGGCGACCAGAACCAGAGCCCGGUCCAGGGACUCCCCGGCCACAGCCCGGCCACGUCCAUCACUGACAGCCCCGCGGGGUGUAAUAACGUGGAGGCGUCACAAACCACGACCAGAGGAGAAGGAGGGACACUGAAGCACCAAGACUCCAUACCGCACCAUAAAGAGUACGACGAGGAGGAAUGGGACCGGGUGUGGGCAAAUGUGGCCAAAUGUCUCAACUGUGUCAUCGCCAUGGUGGAUAAAGUCCAGGAGGAGGACGGCAGCAGGCAGGAGCCGGCCCCUGAGCAGCAGCUCGCCGAUGUCAUCACCUCACACCACCCCGGCGAGUGGAGGGAGCAGCUGCGUCCGCAUGUAACCAGGUUAAAGGAGUGUGUGAUGGAGGUGGUGGAGAAGGCAAAGAGAGCCAUGACCUUUGUGCUCCUGCAGGAGGCGGCCUGCAGUAUUCCCCAGGGUUUCCUCCUCCAGCAGAGGCGUGACGUGGUUUUCAGUCAGGCACUGGCAGCCUUAGCCUGUGGUUUUGUGAUGAGGCUGUACGCAGGAAUGCAGGACCAAGGCUUCCUGAAGCAGCUUCAUCUGGUGGGCUUGGUUGCCCAGUUCGAGAGUCUGCUCAGCACCUACAGUGAGGAGAUCGGGAUGCUGGAGGACAUGGAGGUGGGGGUCUCCGACCUGCAGAGAGUUCUGUUCCAGAUCACAGAGGCCAAGACAGAUGACCUCAGUGACCUCCAGCCUUUAGUGUGUGGCCGACGAGACCACUUCUUUGUAGAAGUGCCAUUACCACGCCUGGUUUUCCAGACCUUGCCAGAAGAGAUCAGGGGGGGCCAGCCUCUGCGAGUGUUCCCGGUGCUGUUUAACGUGGGCAUCAAUGAGCAGCAGACGAUAGCAGAGAGGUUUGGAGAUAUCUCUCUACAGGAAAGAAUAAACCAGAGGAACUUUGAGAUGUUAGAAGCCUAUUACAAGUCAUUAAGUGAAAAGGUGCCACUAGAAUGUCUACCGUGUUACCAGACACAGACCGACAUCAAGGAAUUACUUGAAACUCUGGGCCAGAAUGUAGUUACAAAGAAGAGGAAGAAUGUGGAGAUACUAUGGAUUGCUGGAACGAUCUGCCGAAGGUUAAAUGGCAUCAGGUUGACCAGCUGUAAAAGUGCCAAAGACCGGACCUCCAUGUCUGUCACGUUGGAGCAGUGUGCCCUCCUGCGCGACGAACACCAGCUCAGCAAGGACUUCUUCAUCCGAGCUUUGGACUGUAUGCGGAGAGAAGGAUGUCGGAUUGAAAACGUUCAAAAGAAUAUUAGAUGCAGGAAAUAUGCCUUCAACAUGCUGCAGCUGAUGGCCUUUCCCAAAUGUUACCGCCCACCGGAGGGGACGUACGGCAAAGUGGACUCCUGAGGACCGUGUGCCGUCGAACCAGUCAGUGUGGUUUUUCAGUAAAUAUUGAUGCUUAUAAAUAAUGUUUUACUGUUUGUAACCAAAGAGAAAGUGCUGCAUUUUGUAUCUCACUGUUGGAUAUUUUGUUUUUAUAAUCUGUUAUGUGUGUGCCAAAACUCGUCAUUUGUAAAAGGAAUGCACUUUCCAUGUUUGUGUUCCACUUCCUCUACAGUGCUAAAAAAGAACGUCUGUAUGGGAAAGAUAGAUAGAUAGAGCUGGUGGGCUUUGCAGUAGCUGCUUUCCACAUGGACUAGUUAGCAAAAUGUAUAACGCCUAUAUUCUCUGAAUUUUACAUGAUAAAAGAUUUAAAACA